GGGCGGAAGAGGGGGUGGAGUGAAGGGAACCCCGAGCUUGGCGCUCGCUGCCCCUCUCUCCCCGCUCGUGAGGACUCGGAGGCUUCCAGCUGGGACCGGAGGCUUGGGGGACCAUGUGGAACGCCAAUGCCGGGCAGCUGGGGCCAAAUCCAUACCCUCCCAACAUCAUGUACCCUGGAGGUGCCAACCCUGCCCAUCCACCACCUGUGAACCCUGCCUGCCCACCAGGCCCCUUUCCCACUGCCCCUGGAGUGCCCCAGGGGAACCCAGCUGUUGCCCCUCAACCUGUACCACAACCAGGGUAUCCGGGAUAUCAGCCCCCAGGGCUCUACCCACCUCCUGGCCCCUACCCUCCUCCAUACCCACCACCUGUUCCUGGGAUGCCUCCUGUGAAUCCCUUGGCUCCUGGCAUGGUAGGACCAGAAAUGGUGAAGGACAAGAAAGUUCUGAAGAAAAUGAAGAAAACCCAUAAAAAGAUGCAGAAGAAACAAAAGCAAGGCAAGGAGACAGAGGACACGGAGGACGAGGUCAUCUUGGAAGAGUCUGACCCCAGCCCUGUGGUGAAAGAGACGCAAGGGGAGGAGGAGGAAAAGAAGGAGCCACCUGGUCCUGUGGUCGUUGAUUCCGCUCCCACCAUGGACAUGAUAGCUGCAUCCUUAAGAAAGACAUCUCGCAAAAAGGAAAGAAGGGCCCGACAUCCACCACCUGUCCCUCCUUCAUGGGGGCAGGUGAAACUGCUGACCCAGCGGGCCGAAAAAGUGUUAGCCAACACUGGCAAGCCAGUGACCCCAGAAAACUUGUUUCUGGCCAUAGUUGCCGUUGUUACUGCAGCUUCUGGGGUAGGUGCCCACCACACAUAUUGGACCUGUAUUUUUCCACUCGCUCCUGUUAGAAAUUGUCGCAUGGACCCCACCCAGCCCCUAUCAUAUUUGUAAACGAUUCUGUGUGGACCCCAGGUCCUUGCGGAAACGGGUUAGCUAGGCACCCACAGGGAGAGGGACAGUGUUGUAAUUUCACUCUACAUUUGGCGGUAUUGCCGUUAUGUGUGAGUGCCAGCUCCAGGUGCUCGAAACCAAACUGGGAGCUUGGGAGUAACUGGCUGGGAAUCGAGAACGACCACGGGUUUUAUAUGAUAGCGGGACGUGGAAAUCCAGUCACCACAGGAGGAGGGCAGGGGCAGGAAGAAACCUGUGCAGUUAUGAGUCAUCAAAGCCACUGGGCUCAAGUGCCAUGGGCUGUGCAGGAAAGUGUCCAUAAGUGACACUUCACUAUCAUUGACUGGGGGCCCCAUGGGAUGUUUUUAACCAGUUUUGAAGAAUUCAAUUCUCCCCCAUGCGACUAUCAAACUUCUUUAUGGUGUUAAUGCCACCUGUCCACAGCUGAUGGUAUGGCAUGAGGGAGGCCUUGUGCCUCCUUGUCCCUGCUUAUGAACAUCUAGGGUGGGACUUAGGGAAAACAUCUCCAGCCACAAAACCUAUGGCAGGAGAUGCAGGGGAUUUGCAGCCAGUCUAGUUCCACCUAUCAUUCUAGUAGCCACACCUUGUGUGUAACCCUUUCUGAAGACCGAAUUCUCAUUUUGAAAAGCUGACUGGGGCCAUGAGUUCUAGUGCAGAUAGGAAGGCAGUCCAGAAACCUGUCCUGUUGCAGAUAGUAUACGAAAUGUUUUUUAAAAAAGACCUCACUGGUUUGUAGGGAUGGUAACUGCUGCCAUCCUGGGACUGGGACGGCACAGCCAUUGCUACCGCUGUUGUUGGAGGGGCACUAUAGGAGUUCAUCAAAAUAACAUUUUGUGUAGAAAUAGCAAGCUGAUUCCCAUCAGCUUUGGGCCACUCAGGCAAAUGUGGACUACGGAUUAAAUGGGAACAUCUCCUUAGAUAUUGAACAACGGAAGAGAUUUCCAGUGCCUUUAGAAAUGGAUUAAAAACAUCGCCUGGCACUGGCAUGGUUCAGCAGUUGGUGGUCUCCAGGGACUUGACCCUCGGGCCAGGGUCCAGAGGUUUACGCAUGGGGUGGGUUCUGGUUUGGCUGUGUCACUUACUGUAGUUUUAUCUUUGCAGCAAUCUGGUAUUACUAAAGAAGGUGCCAACGGAUAGAGCAGUCCUGUCGCACCUGUAGCCCAUAAAACAGCUGAAGGGGGACGUGUGGGGAACUGAGGACCUGCAAGGAAGUACACAGGGCCUGCCUCCAGCACUCGUGACCACGGGGCUCGGCAUGCCAGCCCUAGUGAGAGGCAUGCCUCCACAGUCCGAGACAUGGAAAGCACUUCAAUGUACAGAUGUUUCUCCACCAUACAUCUACCCCCCCAGAAAUGCUAACACAAAGCUGUCUCCUACAGGUGCCUGGCUCCUCCCUCCCCACAUAUACAGCUAAGAGAUGCUCAUCUCUAAGAGCAGUCAUUCUCUUUGUCCCUUAUUCUUAAGGAGCAAUUCACACCUCUUAUCUCGUGCAUGCGUGGUACUCCCUUUGAAGUGUUCCUGUUGAGGGUUUGGGUUUUUCGAGGUGAGCACAUUGCCCAUUUGAAUGAUGUGUAUGUAUAACAAGAGGCUUGCAGGCCCCACAUACUAUAAAUACCUGUUGUUGAAUAAACUCUGGACUCUUGUCCCACUUCUCUCUUCUCAAA